AUGGGUUCCAGGCAAGUUCUCAUCAUCGCUGUUAUCUACAGUCUGUUCGCAGUUACCGUGGCAUCCAACCCCUGCCUUUCGGCGUGUACAGGUCGUCCCAGCGGAGACUAUCAAUCCUGCAACGGAUGCAGCGUGUACGCGACGUGUUCCAACGGCUACAUGUACGACAACCGACCCUGCGUUGCUGGCACAGUGUGGGAUGACACCCUCAAACGCUGCGAGAUGACUUCAACCACCUGCCCUCCGAACCCUUGCGUUAGCUCCUGCAACGGCGUCGCCACUGGCGACUACCAAUCCUGCAACGGGUGCAACGUGUACGUCACAUGCAAUGGUGGCCACCUCAUCGACAACCGCCCCUGCCCACCUACACUUGUAUGGGACGACAGUCUCAAGACCUGUGCCAGGACAUCUACAACCUGCUCUUAA